AUGAGUGACGACAAGGAUUUCCAGGAGUUUCAAGAGGAAAACGAGGACGCUUACAAGGUUUCAGCCAAGAAAACAUUGGCAGAAUACCAAAAACUGGAUGCAGAGGACGAAUCGUUAGCAAAGUGGAAGGCAAGUCUGGGUCUGAGUGCAGACACUCUGCCACUGGAGUUUGCAGGAGACAAGCGGAAAGUGGUGAUUCUGAAGAUCGAACUGUUGGUGGAUUCGGAAAAAGAGCCCAUCGCGUUCGACCUGACCAACGAGGAAACCAUCAAGCAACUCAAGUCUGUGCGGCACAAAAUCAAGGAAAAAUCCGUCUACAAGCUUAGAAUCACCUUCAAGGUUCAGCACGAAAUCAUCACCGGGCUGAGGUACGUGCAAAACAUCCGGAAAGCAGGCAUUGCCGUGGAUAGCAUCGACGACCAUUUGGGCUCGUACGCUCCAAACACCGUCACGAAGCCAUUCUACGAAGUGGAACUGCCCGAAAGCGAGGCCCCCAGUGGGUUUCUCGUCAGAGGCAACUACAGUGCAGUGUCCAAGUUCAUCGACGACGACAAGACCAACCAUUUGACUCUGCACUGGGGUGUCGAGAUCGUCAAAAAAUAG